AUGGAAGAUGGUAGUAUCCAUGAUAGUCAAAUCACCGCAUCAAGCAAUUUUGAUAAUAAUCAUCGUGAUGCUAAUGGAAGAUUAAAUUUCAUACCGCCUUAUGGAAUAUCUGGUGCCUGGUGUGCAAGGUCCAAUGAUCUCAAUCAGUGGCUACAAGUUAAUUUUCAACGUCUUACACUCAUCGCAGGAAUCAGUACCCAAGGACGUUUUGACAAUUAUCAAUUUGUUAAAAGUUACACUGUCUCUUUUAGCAAAACUGGAGGAUAUUUCAUGUAUUAUACCCAAGGGGAAGCAACCAAGGCUGAUAGUUUAGAGGUUUGCACUUUGGAACUUCUAGAUUCCACGUUAUGUUAUGAGUUCCAGGGUAACAGCGACCAGAACACUAUUGUCCAUCGAAAGGUUAUUCCUCCUAUAUCUGCUCGGUUGAUUCGACUUCAUCCAACCACGUGGCAAAAUCAUAUCUCGAUGAGAGUCGAAUUUUAUGGCUAUCGAGCGUUUGCUCUUGGGAUGGAAGAUGGUAGUAUCCUUGAUAGUCAAAUCACGGCAUCCAGCAAUUGGAAUAAUAAUCAUCGUGGGGCUAAUGGAAGAUUAAAUUUCACGCCACAUAGUGGAAGAACUGGAGCCUGGUCUGCAUUGUCCAAUGAUAUUAAUCAGUGGCUACAAGUUAAUUUUCAACGUCUUACACUCAUCGCAGGAAUCAGCACCCAAGGACGUUCUGAUUAUAAUCAAUUUGUCAGGAGUUACACCAUUUCUUUUAGCAAAGCUGGAGGGUAUUUCACGUAUUAUACCCAAAGGGAAGCAACCAAGGUAUACUAA